UCUUCUAACGGCUAUCCCCAAAUUCAAAUAAACCCUAAAAUCUCACACUCAUUGUGUGCGUCAAUUUCCACAAUAUCCAGGGUUUAUUUCAAUUCCAUCUGUUCAAUUUCACCAACACAACACUCAAUUUCGUUCACACAGAAAUUUGAGAAUGGAUCUUCCACAAGAAACCGAUGAUUACAUUCAAGAAUCGAUAGAUUAUUCGCUUGGUCUUCCGGUAUCGACACGUACUCUGGAACUAAAGCUUAUGUAUUCUGAAGAAUCCCAGAGACAACUUCGCAAUCAGUACUUGUGUUUGAAAUCCAAAUUGCAAGAGAAAGAUGACGUCAUCGAGCGUGUUAGGGCCGAAUCAACAAUGAAUGCACUAGCUGUAAAGAAGUUUGUCGAAGAGAAUCAGAAAUUGGCUUCCGAAUGUUCUAACUUGUUAACAGAAUGUACUAAAUGGGAGAAAGAGUGUUCGUUGUAUCACCAUGACCGAGAAGCGUUAAUGGAAUUUGGGAAUGAGGCUGAUAACAGAGCUAAGGAGGCGGAGAUGCGUGUUCGUGAUUUAGAACAAGAGUUGACUAAGUUGACCGAAGAAUUGAUGUUCUAUAAGCAGCAAGCUGAGGCCAAACAGGUUGGCGAGAUGACAAAAACUGAAUCUGCUGAACAUUUUCUCGUUGAUACGUUAUUAUCAACUUUAAUCAGCAAAGAUGAUGUGGCAUCAACAGCGCGUUCUUUCUUAGAGGCAAACAGUGGGGUGGAAGUGUGCGAAAAGAUGCUGGAAAUGCGGGAAAGCUUGAAGCCAUCAACACAAAAAGUUUUAGCACUGGCUUCGGAGGUGAAGAUACUUAAGCAAGAAAAGGAUCAUUUAAGGCAUAAUCUCACUACAGCUGAAGAGGAGGUCAAAGUCCUGUUUGAAGAAAACAAUAUAUUGGACAAGGAGAAUAGGAGAUUGAUGAAGUUACUCCAAAAAGAAAGACAACUAAACAAUUCUGGUGGAAACCGUAACAGUGCAUCCUUGAAGAAUAAUAAACGGAAGUGUAGUCCAAGAGAUUGCAGUCCAAUUGAGAAGAGACUUGACUUCAGUGAGUCUGGUUCACCAAGACAGAUAUUGUCUCCUUUGAGACACAACACACCCGAAUCUCGAUUGCACAAAAAGUGACUUUUUACAAGACUCGAUGAACUUCACUAAUCUUGUCCAUGUUUUUGCUUUGUAAAAACUUCCAUUUACAAAGAAGGUUUUGAUUCA